AGAAUGUUCAAACCACCGUGGCCUCCCAUGGCUUACGGAGGAUUCAACAAGCACUCAAACUGCAAACUAACUACGGAUUUGGGAUUUCUCAAUCCGGAACCCUUAAUCCCAGACGAUCAGAUCAGAAAAGAUCUCGCCAACACAAUCGAUGAAACGGAAUGA